AUACAUCAGUGCUUGCUUUCAAGGAUUUCAUUUUCUACAGCAACACUGAAACUAAUUGAAAUUAUAAAAUCGCAGCUGGGUUGAAUGCAUAUGGUGCGAGCGAUGUUUUGAUGUCAACUUGAUUUUACUUCAUGUGUUUAACGACAGUGGGUGAAGAAAAAAACAUUGUCCGCGAAAUUUUUGUUAAAAUUAUUUACGAGAAUGUAAAAAUUUCAUUGGUGAAAUUAAUAACAAGUGACCCAGUUAAAAGAAGAGUAAAGUUGAAUCGUGUUUACCAUUAAAAUCAUCUCAAUUAAUUAUAGAUAGAGAUUAUGUGCCAUUUAUCAUUUCUUGGUACUUUACAACUGUUUACUUCAUCCCACGAUAAUAAUUUAAGGCGAAAUCUCUCGACACACGACUCGUGACGUCAUUCAAUGGUCGAUGCCCUUUCAUCUCCUUCCACAGUGAUUCAGAGCAGAAUAAAAGAAAAUAAUAGUCAGGCAAUUGGAGUCGAAAAUAGUAAGAAAAAGAACUAAAAUUCGCGAGAGUGAAAUAUUGCUGAUGUCCCGUCAAAAAAUAAAAAAUAAUAAAUAUAUUAAGUGUAAUAAGAAGUGACUCAUUAAGCACAGUGACUACACAACACUAAUCCACCUUUCCUUAUGAAAAUUUGCGGAGAAAACUUCAUCUGGCUGUUGAAAUGAUGAUUUGAUUAUGAUUCGCUAUUGCAAAUAAAAGUUCUCGGUCGUGAUGGUCCAUGAAGCAGUUAAAGAAAUAUUUACGAGAAUACUUACUUAGAUAUUUAAAAAGGAAAAAGGAAAAAAGAGGGAAAGAAAUUUUCAUUCUGAACAUUUCUUAUUGACUGCUCAUUUGCAUUGGAAAAUUCCGGAAAGUGAAAAAAAAAAUUAAAAAAGACAAACUCAAUUAAAAGUUGAUGAAAAAUGAUGAAGCGUGCCAUAAAUAAGUGUUUUAUAAUUACUUGAUUGCAAAUAGCUGAGAUCUAAUUAGCACUUUGGUGAAUGGUAGAAACCAAAGAUUGUUAUGGCUUAUGUUAUUCGAAAAAGGCGAACCUGUUUCUCUCACAGUCAUCUGUUUGUUCUUACGUUUAUACUCUUAAAUUUCACAAAGAGCAAUGUGACUCUUUCGAAGCUCCAGACGACGAGAUUACGCGAUAAUGUUCACAUUCAAGAGUCGUUAGUGAUUCCAUCGAACAAUGCAGAGAAAGAGGCGAGGCGACUUUAUGAUGAAGCUUUAAAGCAGUAUGGUGAUUUGGGAAAAACCCUUAAAGAAAUUUGUCUACCAUGGAAGACGAAGGGAUGUUCAUGCUUGGGAACAUCUGAUGAGGUGAUACUUGUUUGUCGUGAUGCUGAUCUAACUGCUAUUCCUAAUGAUCUGCCCAAGGAACUCGUAAAAUUAGAUUUAGGAAGCAACAAUAUUACUAUAUUAAGAAACGAAUCGUUUUUUACGCUUUCCAUCUUGGAAGAACUAAUAUUGUCGGAUAAUAAAUUACAUACAAUUGAGCGUGAUGCCUUUGCUGGUUUGAAGAGUUUAAAGCGUUUGGUGAUGCAAAACUGUGGACUUAAGAGUCUUCCCAUUGAAGCUUUAAAAAAUAUAGAAAGUUUAACAUCUGUAAACCUUGCAAAUAAUCGAUUAACACAACUUAACGAUGGAGACUUUCCUCAAUCAAUUAACCUACAGUAUUUAUUUCUCAAGCGAAAUAAGAUUCGGGAAAUUUCAUCAGGGAUUUUUCGAAAUCUUACCAGAUUAAAAGUACUUGAUCUAGAUGACAACCAGUUGGAGACGUUAUCGUUUGGAUUGAAAAACCUGACCCAAUUGCAUGAAUUAUUAGUUUCCAAUAAUCGAUUAAAGACCAUUGCACAUGGAACACUUCCAUCAAGUCUGAUUACAUUAGAACUGCGAGCGAAUCCUUUUGAAAGCAUUCAUGAAUCUGCUAUGAAGAAUUUAAAGAAGAUGAAGAAACUGGUCUUGUCAGACGCUCGGAACUUAAAAGAACUACCCUCGUUUGAGGGUUGUAAUUCAUUAGAAACGCUAAGAGCUGAUCAUAGUAAUUUAGGUCAUGUUCCAGAUAGCUUGUGCAUCCACUCGCCUCGACUUAAAAGUUUAGAAUUGAAAUUCAAUAAGCUACAACAUGUGCCGAAUUUAAAACAUUGCCGAGAACUAAGAUUGUUGAACUUGGCAUCGAAUAGAAUUACUUCAUUACAUAACCAGCCGUUUCAGAAUCUCGAGCAGCUUAACGAUCUUCUACUUCCUUAUAAUCAAAUUGAGACAAUUCCCCAAGACACGUUUUCGGGAUUGAAGAAACUUCAGACACUCGAUUUAGAAGGAAAUAACAUAAACUUCAUUCAUGAGCAAGCAUUUUCUGGAUUCAAUCAGUUGGAAGAUUUAAAUCUUGGAAAUAACAUUUUUCCAACACUACCGACAAAAGGUUUGCGAAGACUUCUACAUUUGAAAACGUUUAAUAAUCCGAGACUGAAAAUAUUUCCACCAAUUGAAGAUUUUCCGAGAAUACGAACAUUGGUGUUAUCAUUUGCGUAUCAUUGUUGUGCUUUUCUACCGCUUUUGACAACGAACACAAAAGUUGUUGAGAGCUCAUAUAAGGAAGAAGUGUUUUUCCCAACAGAUGAUCAAUUUGAUAUGUCGUUGUGGAAUAAUUCAUUCAAUGAUAUUUGGCCAGAUUUAAGUGCCAACACAACAUCAUCGUUUCAAUCACAAAUGAAUGAAUUCUUACAAUCCUACUCGAACCCAAAUUCUGAUUUAGGAUAUCCGAAUAUAGCAAACUUUCCUGAUGAAACUUAUGUAGAAGAAUCAAAUAAUCUAAUUCCAAUUGAACAGACUGCUGGUUCAGUGAAAUGUUUGCCCACACCAGGACCAUUUCUACCAUGUGAAGAUCUUUUCGACUGGUGGACAUUACGAUGCGGUGUUUGGGUCGUAUUUUUAAUGGCAUUACUUGGAAAUGGCACUGUCGUGUUUGUGUUAAUUUUUUCUCGAUCAAAAAUGGACGUGCCACGUUUUCUCGUUUGCAAUUUAGCAGCUGCAGAUUUUUUCAUGGGAAUCUAUUUGGGAUUCUUGGCUGUGGUGGAUGCAUCGACAUUAGGUGAAUUUAGAAUGUACGCUAUACCUUGGCAAAUGAGUGUUGGCUGUCAAUUAAGUGGCUUUUUAGCAGUGCUUUCAUCAGAAUUAUCCGUUUAUACAUUAGCCGUGAUAACAUUGGAGAGAAAUUAUGCAAUAACGCAUGCAAUGCAUUUAAAUAAGCGACUUUCAUUACGUCACGCGAGUUACAUUAUGAGUAUUGGUUGGAUUUUUGCAUUAACUAUGGCAAUAUUACCAUUGCUUGGAGUUUCUGAUUAUCGUAAAUAUUCAGUCUGUCUACCGAUGGAAGUGUUCAAGGGCCAUGGGAGUUUAGCGUAUGUGAUAUUUUUGAUGUUCAUUAACGGAGUUGCAUUUUUGACCUUGAUGGGUUGUUAUUUGAAAAUGUAUUGCGCUAUUCGCGGUUCUCAGGCUUGGAAUUCAAAUGACUCGAGAAUUGCUAAACGAAUGGCAUUACUUGUGUUCACAGAUUUCUUGUGUUGGUCGCCAAUUGCUUUCUUCUCAAUCACUGCCGUAUUUGGUUGGCAACUUAUAACACUUGAACAAGCAAAAGUUUUCACAGUAUUUAUUUUACCAUUGAAUUCAUGCUGCAAUCCAUUCUUAUAUGCGAUACUUACAAAACAGUUUAAGAAAGAUUGCGUUAUGAUAUGUAAAGCGAUUGAAGAAUCGAGAGUCACGCGAGGCAUAGGAAGGUGUCGACAUAGUUCAAACUUUUCAAAUCGACAAACACCUGGCAAUACCAACUCUUUAGUGGAACGUUCGUCACGGGAAAUGCCACCACUUUUACCACCCCACACAUGCAAUUGUAAUCGUGGAAAAGUCCUUGACAACGAAGAAGUGAAACGGCAACUAAAAAAAUCGCAGCCAAGUUUACUGACAAGAUUUUGGAAGCGAAUUUUUUGCAGUGAAGGAAAAAGAUUUGAAGAACGUCGGAAUCAUCGUCACAUGGAUUAUUCGUAUCAUAUAGCAGAGAUUCAACAAAAAAAUCAUAAACGUGCUGGAUCUAUGUCAUCAAGCGAUGGGAAUUUCAGUUCAUCGCGUUCUGAUUCAUGGCGUCAGAAUACUCCACAUCAUUGUGGUAUUCCAUUAAGACUACUCGACCCUCGAAGACGCCACACAUCAUGGCUGAUAACGAGAAAAACAUCUCAAGAUUCUAAUCUUUCGAGUUCAAGAAAUGAUUCUUCAGGGUCAAACAACACAACAGCAACAAAUGCCAGCACAUCGACAUGGCGGAUAUCACGAUCAAGCGGAACCAGCAUACCUGGAAUGAGUCUUCCGCCUUUUCAAUCUGCAAAUUCUAGUCGCCAACCACUUCCACUAGUUGGAAGCAAUAAACCUCGCUUAGUUCGUCAGUCAGCGUUUCAUGAUGAUACUCAGGAACCAUCAUCUCCUAGACUUAAUGUUAGGUUUUUGCCUACCAUCCCAUCAGCUCCUGACUCAUCGGUGCAACUUUCUGUAGAUGAACAAGAUGACGAGAAUAUGCCUGAAGUAAAGCCUGAAAAUGUCAAUCUUAAAAUACCUGAAGGAAACUCCACAUUAUUAUCUAAAGCUAGUCCAAAAAUUAAAAGUAAACCUCCAUAAGUAUUGGAAUCUUAAUAACAUUAUUUAUUCAAAGAAUGUAGCUUUCUAUUUAAAUCUUAGAUACUAGCAUGUAAAAUUAACGAAAGUUCAUUGUUUUUACAGAUGAAAAUAUUUUUAUUAUUAUUUUAUAUAUCAUGUGAAGGGAAAUGAAGAAUAUGCAAUGAGUAAAUAUAUUUUGCUGAUCACAAAUGUUCACAAACCGGAAAGUGUCUCAAAUUCAAAGCAUUGAAUGGAUGUAUGUUACAUAUGUACAUAAAUAUAUUUAUAUAAAGUUUCUCAAGUCAAGUUUGAAAGUUUAAAGUCAAUGAGUAUUCAUGUCAAAAUUAGACGAAAAUAUUUGCAUUUAAAUGAAGUAAAGGUCGUCGCAUCUUAUGCUGUUUCUGUAUUUAAAAGUAAGUUAUGUUGAUGAUGUAAGUACUAAGACGAACUUUACGUUUUAAAUAUUCAAAACUACCCUCCGUUCAACUUACAUACCUAAUGAAAAUUUCAAUGAAAGAAAAACAUUGAAAAACAAACGAAACAAGUAAAUUAACGAACACAACAACAAUCAAUAAAUUUUUAAUCAAGGAAAUUUGAAAACUUCAGUCAAUCGAAAGUUUUUUUGUUCGUGAACUACUUAAGAUUAUUUUUGAAAAAAAGAAUGAAAUGGCUGAGAAAUUCUUUACUUGGUUUAACCGUCCAUAGUAUUCACAUUCAAAAGAAACUUCUGUCGAUCAUUAAAUAAAGUUUUCAACAGUUUCGAGACUAGCAGAAGUUCUUACGAAAUUUUAGUUUUGUAUUCAUUUAAGUAAAACUGUGUCAAAACUAAUAAGUAUGAUAAUAAUAAAGAAAAUUAUUUAUGUUCGUGAUCAACAA